AUGCUGUCCGAAAAACGGACCUCCCGGCUGCUAGGGACACGAUUAUCGGCAAUUUUCAAUUCCCACGAUACUUCAACGGAAAAGAAACACACAACGCCCACAAGAGGUGUGCGUGAGACUCCACAGCGGUCGUCGCCGCUUUCAGCACCGAAGUUGACCAACAAACCGCACAGUUUGCCGCAUACUGGGUCAUAUACUGGAGAUUCUUUGGGUUCGCCAAAUCCUACAAGAACAAACGGGAACUUGCCCCCAGCGCCUGCAAAUGCUGCCCAGAAGUUGAAAAUAGAUACGUACGAAACGGCCGUUCCGAAAACUCCGACGAAAUUGAGCCGCAAGGCGCCGCCAGCGGACGAACAAGAACUCAUGGCCACGAGAUCGUCUUCUCCGCCCACUAAACCGCAGGGGGACGCCUUUGCGGAAAUGAAGAACCUUGUAGGAAACGAGCUUGACGAAAUUAUGGCCUCCUCCGAGAAACCUGGCCCUGUAGACCAUCUGUUCCUGACAUAUACUCUGGACGAAGAAACAUCUCCACUCCAUAUCAGUCUGCCUCCGCUUGUCACCAGAGUCGAGUCCCCGCAUUUUUCUACGCCUCCUGAAGAGAAUGCUUGGAGCGACUCGACGCUGGAGUUCCAUUUCGACCUGGCUUCCAAUGGUAGAGGCCACACUGCUGUUUCCCAUUCGAACCGUGGUUCUUCGCCAGUGUACUCUACGCCAUCGCAAGAUCAAAUCGGACAGGAUAUCAUUGGAUACUAUGCUGCGGCUGAUCCCGCUGCAGCUGAAGCCCGCCCGCCAAAUGCCUUAUCGGCUCUAAAUGAACAAGAUAGGCCGCAGUUGUCUCUCAAAACCUCUCCAAACCCCUUUGAGCCCUCUCAGUUCUAUGGCCUGAACGUAAACCUGCCCUCUUUAUCCUCUGAACGCCAGAGCUUUGGCUCGGUUCCAACAGACACUCGUUCCGCAAGCACCACAACACCUCGGAUGUUCUCUGCAGCCAGCUUCACGGAAAGCACGAAACUCGACACCGUCCCUCUGAACACACAAGAAAGAUUCUCGGGAGGGCUUUACAACGAUAUUCUGCGCAUUCCAGAGUCAAUCUACAGUGAGAACUUAGAGCUGCCAGUCGACAGCUUUGCCGACAGCGCCAUGAUGACAGUCGCACCGAAUGGAGCUGCUCUGCGCAACGCAUUUGGAAACACAGCUGGCCUGUCGAUGGAACCAUCUCGCUACUUCGACUCUGAGGCUCUCAGUCCCGAUUUGGGACAUGCAAGCAGUCGACCUCUGCGUCCCAAACUGCAGCUGCUGAUGGCAUGGGCCAACUCAUCAAACUCUUUCAGCGACACGCUUGGCAACUCGAACUCGAUCCGCAAGUCUCACACACGAGUGCUGUCCACAAGCUCGAUUCUCAGUCAUUCCAGUAGACAUGUCAACUUGGCCACAAUCAAACGAUCCUUGUCGCUACGUCCCGGCGAAGGCGAGCGCUCGCAUUACGUCACGGCGAUACGAAAAAGUGCCGGCACUUCGUACAACGAGACAGGACCCGGCAAAUGGAAACUUCCCUUGGGAAUCACCCCUCUAGACUCCAAGACCCUUGCGCUUCUGACAUACUCUCAAGGAAGCACGCGGUUCAGCCGUGGCUCGAGCAGUUUGGCGUCGCGGUCGAAAAAGACCAGUGGUGUUGAACUCAAGCACGGACAUUUGCAAGCGAGACUUUUGGCUUCAGAGGUGGACGAGGUUGGCGAGACCAACCGGUUUGGAGCCUUGGGCCGGUCCAGCACCCUACAAAACAAGACGACCAUCUCACCAGUGGUGUCGGUUGGAGCGGCCAGUGUCACGAAAAGCGGAACGGCGUCCAACGGGAUCUCUCGAGGUGGGUCCAUUACGCGGUCAAGCACGGUCUCUGCGCGCGAUACCGAGACCCUCGAAAACGGGAGCGGCAUUGAUAAGUCGCGCCGUGGCAGCACUACCUCCUUCGCCGAGUCUGUUGACAGCGUGGGCGAUAGGGUGGACGCUUACUACCAGCACCAAGGGUACCGCUACGGCGAGACCGAGGAUGAGUACAAUGACUACAACGAGGACAUUGCCGAGAACUACGACGACGAGGACGAGGCGGAGGAAAAGCCGCAUUUGGUUUUGGCCAACCCUGAUUCCAGCAGUGAUAAUGAGUAG